CUAGACACAGGGUCUGCCCUGUCCAUCAUUUCAUUGCAUACAUUUAGGAAGAUUUGUUCCAGAAGUGGGUCUAAGGCCAAGUUAAGGCCUUCUGAUAUUGUAUUAACAGAUUUUCAGAACUCAAGAGUGUGUGUUAAGGGGGAGGCCACCCUUAACGUGCAAUACAAGAGUUUUGAAGGUCCACUAGACUUAUUAGUAGUAGGGGGUGAACGAACGAGUCUCAUAGGACUCGAUUGGUUUGAGGCCCUGGGGAUACACGUCACAGGACUCAACAGCUUACAAACACUCGACCUACAGGAAGUCUGCAAAGAAUUUGCAGAUGUUUUCAGCCCCCAGCUGGGCACAUUCAAAGGACCACCUGUGUCCUUAAAGCUAGACCCCACUGUCACUCCCAUUAGGAUUAAAGCAAGAAGGGUCCCUUUUGCUUUAAAAAGUAAGAUUGACACUGAACUAGACAAACUAAUCCAACAGGGAAUCCUAGAACCUGUUGAUUCCAGCCCGUGGGAGACCCCCAUUGUCACGCCUCUAAAGGCAAAUGGGGACAUUCGCAUUUGUGCUGAUUACAAAUGCACACUCAAUAAGGCAUUGCAGCAACAUGCCUAUCCUGUUCCUGUGGUCAGUCACAUCCUGGCCUCUCUCAAGGGGGGGCGUGUUUUUGCAAAGCUUGACCUAGCUCAAGCAUAUCAACAGCUGCCUGUUGAUGAUGAUGCUGCCAUAGCUCAGACCAUUGUGACCCACAGGGGAGCCUUUAAAGUAAAAAGGCUACAGUUUGGAGUAAAUGUCGCUCCUGGGAUUUUCCAAAGCGUAAUGGAAAACACACUACGAGGUAUACCAGGGGUCUGCCCCUACUUUGACGAUGUCUUGAUUGCAGGAGACUCCACACACAUUCUAGCUGAAAGGCUUAGGGCUGUCCUGUUAAGAUUCAGGAAAUCAGGCCUCAAGCUCAGAAAAGACAAAUGCCAGAUUGGGGUGCCUUCUACUGAAUUUCUGGGAUUCAAAAUUGAUGCUGCUGGGAUUCAUCCUGCUGAAUCCAAACUAACUGCUAUUUUAGAUGCACCCAGGCCAAAGUCUAAGGCCGAACUUCAGGCCUUCCUAGGCCUCCUGAAUUUCUACAAUUCUUUUCUUCCACAUAAAGCUAGUGUAGCUGAGCCUCUUCACAGGCUACUAGACAAACAGGCUGUGUGGCUGUGGUCACAAGCGCAUGAGGCUUGCUUUAAAGAAGUCAAGGCCUUGCUCACUUCUAACAGUGUUCUUGCACAUUUCAACGAGUCUCUCCCUGUGUGCAUCGCUUGUGAUGCGUCCCCCUAUGGGGUUGGAGCUGUCCUGAGUCACCUCAGGUCUGAUGGAACUCAGGUUCCUAUUGCAUACUACUCCAGAACACUGUCUUCUGCCGAGCGCAACUACGCUCAGAUAGACAGGGAGGCUCUGGCUGUUGUUGCUGGAAUUAAAAAAUUCCAUGAUUUUCUAUAUGGCAGGCAUUUCACGGUCUUCACUGACCAUAAGCCUCUGCUGGGACUGUUUACCACACGUAAGCAGACUCCCCACAUCAUUUCCCCUAGAAUGCUUAGGUGGUCUAUUUUUUUGUCUGCAUAUGAUUUUUCAUUACUCCACAAGCCUGGGAAAGAAAUGGGCCAUGCUGAUGGCCUCAGUAGAUUGCCUCUGCCAGUAGUAGAAGCUGACCCCGCGCCAGCUGUCAACAUUCUAUCAAUCCAAGCCUUGCCCGAGCUCCCUCUUAGUGCCAGGGAUGUUACCGCUGAAACAGGUACUGAUCACACACUUUCACGUGUCCGCUCCUGGGUCCUGUCCGGGUGGCCUGAGCACUGCCCUAGUCCUGAGUUUCAGAGUUUCUGGUCCAAAAGGAACGAACUGUCCCUUUCUCAGGGUUGUCUGCUUUGGGGAAACAGAGUUGUCAUUCCCACCUCAAUGAGGACUAGGGUCUUAGAAUCCCUCCACGAGGGUCAUCCUGGCAUUGUUCGUAUGAAGGCUCUUGCACGAAGCCACUUGUGGUGGCCUGGUUUAGAUAAAGAUAUUGAGGCUACGGUUUGGGCUCGCAAUUACGGGCCUGGUCAUACAUGGGUCCCCGCUUCUGUGUCCAGGAUCACAGGUCCUCUCUCCUACGAGGUUGCCCUGGACAACGGUCGUGUCCUGCGUCGGCACAUCGACCAACUUAUAUAUCAGCACAUCCUUGCUUUGGGGUUUGCUGUAAAGGAGAUCAAUAGGAAUCCUGAGCUCCUACCAAACAUCACAUUGGGUUUCCACAUUGUGAACAACUACUUCCCUUUGAGGAUAACCUAUAAGGCAACCUUGAGCUUACUUUCUACGCAGCAGAAGUUUGUUCCCAACUUUACCUGUGAUUUAAAGAAAACAUUUAUUGCUGCCAUUGGAGGACGUAUUACAGAGACCUCAUUGACUAUGGCCACAAUUCUUGCCAACUACAAGAUUCCACAGGUAUAUCCUUGA